CUUUCCACUGUUCAGUGUUCACAGUCCAAAACCCAACCCUUACAGAAUCUAUCGACCACUCUCACUUUCUUUACUCUUCUUUCUUAUUCUUCUUCUUCUUAAAGAAACCCAGUUCUCUCUCCCUCUUUCUUCCACUUUCCUUCCAUUUUCCCUUCACAAUGCCAAUCAACAGGGACCCAUCUACUCCCCCUCCUGUGAUCGGGAAAAUCGGGCCCUACACUGUCUUCAUGACCCCUCCUUCCACCCCUAAACCGGUGGAGCCUGUUUUUGAUUCACCUAAAAAGGUUGUUUCUCCGCCUCCCGUCAAGCCUCCGCCUCAGCAAAUCGAUAAGUCCGUUUCUGCACAGCCUUUGUCUGGGGGGUCUGUUUCCGGGUUCUUCAGAAAUGCGGUCAACAAAGUGCAAAACGCGCAUUCAAGCUUAGAUGAGCAUUUGGCACGUUGGUUUGGCUUAAACCAAUCCAAGUAUCAGUGGGCAUUGGAUGAUUACUAUGAGAGCAAGGAAUUGGGAAAAGAUGAUGCAAAACCCAAAGAAAUAUCAAGCAAAGUACAGAGUGUGUAGCAUAUGAUUGGUCUGUUCUUUAAAUUGUGGAAAAAAUGUCGAAUCACCCUUUUAUACCAUAUCUGCUACCUAAUAUAUAGAAUAUCAAAAGUGCCUCUUCUGUGUUGUUGAAGGAAGCUGUCGUCUGGGUUCCUGGAGAUCGAGCUUCCAAUUUGCUACUCAUUGCAGCUGUUAACCAAGUUCGAUUGUGUAUCAGGCUGUAAGUUAUGUAAUCUCUUUACAAGUCAUUUUUUUUAAAAAAUUUUUUGUGCAAGCUUUUUUAUUCAUGGAUUCCAUGAGUUGCAAUCUAAUCAGAGUACACUCCAAGUAGUGGAGAUGUUUUUACUAUUUUAUCUGUACUUGUAUCUGACUAGAGCAUUUAGCAGCAACUAUUAUGUUGUGGCCAAGCUUUUCAUUCAAGGGUUAGAUUUUAUUUACUAA